GUAGCUUUGUUUGUACAUGUCGUGUGGUUUUCGAAAACAAAAUGUGUACCUUUGUGUUAUUUUUUAUCUUUUUGAACUCUGCUACAGCUGUGAUUUAUAGAUUUAAUGACUCGGCGUACGCUGUCAUGCCUCCUCUAUUUCAUCUUGAUAACUAUGAGGAGUGUUUUGAUGAUCCAGAAGGGAUAUACUGCACCCUGGAAUUGACCCUGGUUUCUGAAGAACCCAGCUCGCUGCUGAUUAUGAUUCAAGAAUAUUCAGAACACCAAUCAACACAUUUUAACCAUACCAUACUAAACCAAGGUAUUUGCAUUAAGAAAACAUGCAAAGAAUUCUAUAAACCAAAUGUGGACCCAAGAUUGACCCUAGAGGCAUGCCUUAAUGAGUCCCUUUAUAACAAGUACAAAUUGAAAGCGAGGGUAUCAAAUGGCUUUGAUUGUUCUAAACGAGAGAAGCAUCCACCAAUAGAUUAUGUGGAUUUAACGGUUGGAAUAAUUUGCCUCAUAAUCUUGAUGCUGAACCUUACAGGAAGCCUAAGCGAUUAUUAUUUGGAAGAAAGGAAAUUUCCUGGAGUUUUCAGAUUUGUUAAUUGCUUUUCAAUAUUUCGGAAUUGGAAGAAACUGGUGGCGUCUCCCGAUAAGUGUCAAGAUGAUCGCUUUCUAGCAUUGAAAGGACUACAUGGCAUUAGAGCCAUUAAUAUUAUGCUCGUGAUAACAUGUCAUUCAGUUGCUACAGGGGAACUCUUGUCUGUCAACCCUCACUAUAUUGAAGAAUUAUACACUUACAGCAUUGUACACGUAAUUCUGAAUGGGACACUGAUAAUGCAAACAUUUUUUAUAGUCUCAUCCUUUCUACUCGUGUAUAACUGGUUGAUAAGAUCUGAGAAACAUAAACCUUCUUGGAAAUUGCUACCAAUGCAAAUAAUAAGGAGAUGGUUGAGGUAAAAACACAACAA